AUGGUGCGGACAAAGAAACUCACCGGAACCGGGAGCACGUCCUCGGGGUCUCCGAGACGCGGAACGGGCACCCUGGAUGAUUUUAUCAGCACUCCGGCGGGGCUCCGGGGCACUGCGCCCUCAGACAAUAUGGCGGCUGUCUCCCCCAGUGCAACCAGCGGGGGGGACUCCAUGCCCGACUUUAGCUCAGAUGACGCCCUUCAGUCCAUCAGGGCUGAGCUCUCCAGGAUUGGGAGCAGCAUGCUCACCAAAGCAGACACGGGGGCACUGGUCCGGGAGAUAAGGGAGGCGGUCCAGGAGGACCUGCAAAGCCUCCGAACAGACCUCACGGCCCUCACGGAAAGAGUGGACGCAGUGGAGGCGGAAGCACGGAUCUGCUGCCAGCAGCAUCGAGCAGCAGAGACAGCGGCCACCAGACAGGGUAACAUGCUGCUGAACUUAAGACGCCAGGUGGAGGACCUGGAGAACCGCAGCCGGAGGCACAACGUCCGAAUCAGGGGCCGGCCGGAGCCUGACACAGAACCACUGGCGGUCACUCUACAGCAUCUCUUCUGCCAGCUCUUGGGACCUGAUGCACCACCCGACAUCCGCAUAGACCGGGCCCAUCGCGCCUUGGGACAAGCUAGACCAGACGGCAGGCCCAGGGAUGUGGUGUGCUGUCUCCACUCCUUCCCGCAGAAGGAGCAGAUCAUGACGGCGGCCAGGAACCUACCGACAGUCAAUUUCAGGGGAGCUGACCUGGCGCUCUUCCAGGACCUUUCCGGCCUCAUAUUAGAUGCUAGAAGGACGCUGCGGCCUAUCACCACGGCCCUACGUGACAAGGGGAUCCCCUACAAGUGGGGGUUUCCCUUUAGCCUACAAGCACGGCAGGGAACCUCCUGGCACACACUCAGGAUGCCAGAUGAUGCCCUGAGAUUCGUUAGGACGCUUCACCUUCCACCCAUCCGGAUCCGCAACUGGCUGCUAGAAGAACCCUUGGGCCCACGAAGAGGAGAAGAUGCAGGCCUGCAGCCCUCCACUACCCAUUUGGGCCGGAUGUCGCCGCCGCGCCGUUGGGGAGGACCAGCGGGGGCGGAGGAGUGA